AUGGAAGACGACGAAAGCUUGUCCAGCGUGGAUCAAUUCUUACGGGACAAUGGGUUCAGUAUCUCCGAUACGGCGUUAGGUCUUACAUCUUUUAGUGGAGAUGAAGUAUUAGAUGAUGAACUGCUACUUAGUGACGCGGAGGAACGUCACAUAUCGUCGUCUGAGGGCAAUAGUACGAAUCAAUCGCCACGUUUUGUGCUCUUGGAGGAUGAGGGGCUACUAUUAGAGCAACAAGACAAGAAAAGAGACAGCAAUAAUAACCACGACAUGGAUACAGUGGACGACAGAUUGAUUUUACAGGAACAAUAUCAACAGGAACAGGGUUUACUAGACACGUCGGUGUUUUUUCGAGGCUCGGAACUCUCUCAAUCUUAUGAUACGCUCCGUAUGAACAAUCAAGACCGAGAGAUGCCGUCGGUAGCGUCUGUAUCAUGUUCUUCUUCUUGUUCUUCUUUCUCUGCUUCGUUGCUAAUGGCCCAGCAGCUGGGAGAAGAGCAAGACUUGACAUUGUUGUCGUCAGGGUAUCAGAUGAUACCGCAGCAAAAAGAGAUGGAACAUGUGACGAUGGUGUCUGCAGCUUCAUCUGUAUCAUUGCCACCAUCACUGUCACCGUCAUUCGAUUCGUACUCGGGCUCGUCUGUUUCAUCGGAACGAGGACUGGAUAAUGAACUGAGUGAUGCACUUGGAGUGCCUCGAUCAUUGACUGGAGCGGAUCGAUUGAGUUUAUUGUCAAGGAUGUCGAGAGAGGAGGGUCUAAAGCACAGAAAGCGAACAGCAGAUGAUCAAGAUCGGCAGACACAACAAUCAACGACAUUGCGUACAUCAAGAACGCAACGAGGACUGGUUGCAGAUGAUGGAGAUGCUGAACAUUCGAUUAAAGAUAGUAGUCAGGAUGAACAUGCUGUCAAAUCGAUGCAUGGUUCGGAUGGUCAAAGUAGUAGACAGAAUCGACCGCAAAGUGACGAAAAUGGCUUGGAUUAUGCAGAAGCCGAUGAGAAGAAAGAGGACAACGACGAUAAGAGCACUCGAUAUACUCCUGCGGAGAACGAGCAGAACCUUAAGCGUGAAGAUGCAGUUGUAAUUGACGAAGGCGCCUGGAACGGACUCAAUGACCUGUUACGGAAAAAUGGGCUUCCGGCUGUUCGAUUUCAUAAUGUUGGAUCAGAGGUGCUUCCAGACCAGGAGUCACUUUUCAGUGUUAUUCACGACUUUGGAGUGCAGUUGGAACACAAGAACUCGACGAUUGAAGAUUUAGUAUUAGCAUCCCAACGCAACUCAAAAGUACGACGUAGGCGAGAGAGCGAACUUCAAGCUAUCGAAAUGAAGAAUGAGGAAACACUAAAGACUUUGGAGAAAGCAAAAGCGGAAAUUCAACGUCUGAAGGCUUCACAGAAAAAGGAAAAUGAAAGCGCCGAGCUCUUGUCGAAAAAGCUCAAGAACUCGUGUCUCCGACUGCAGCAGCAGCUUAAGGUCAGCGAGCACCGCGUCAAAGCCAAAGAGAUUAUUAUCGAGAAAAUGCAGACCAAGAUUCAGCAGCAAGUGGAUAAGGAUACUUUGAAUAAGAUGCGAGACCGGCGCGCCUUCCGUAAUCUUCAGGACCGCGAUCCGCGACGUGCUAACCCGCGUGACUCCCAGACGCUUGACACAAUAGGUGUGUAUGAAGCGCAGCGUGAGCAGAUGCAGGAAGAGAUUGAUUAUCUCAAGUCACAAGUGGCUGCGCUUAAUAGUGAACUUCGUGACAAGGAUAAUUUCAUCGCACGACAAGCACGCGCAUCCUUGAACAAUGAACCUCCAGCGUGGGAGCGGUGCUUAGAUGAGAGCAACAUUGGCCGUGUAUCUGUAACCCAGUCGCGGCUUCGAAACAACCAACAACACGAAUCGUCGUCUGUUGCUUCGGACGAAGUGAUGCUGGAGCAACUUGAAGCGGCCCGACGUGAACAGGAAGUGACUGCAGCAAAGUUGCGGCAUCGUGAGGCUGUGAUGGUCGAGAAAGUUGCAAUGAUUGAACAAGAGCUGCUUGCGGCUCGCGAGACUAUCUGCGAACUAAAAGAAGAGAAUGCGAAUUUAUCCUUGGAGGCGGACUCACGUCCUAGUAUACGUGACUACCGCCUAAACCAGCGUCGCAUCCGCCAGUUAGAGCGGCAGAUAGCGGAGACUAAGCUCGCGCUGGAAGAAGCCAGUGACCUUAAUGAACUGCGCAAGUAUAUGGGGACGAAAGAGCUUGUGAAGCGUGAUCGUUUAACUCACGGAUUGCAUCUUAGCCGGCUUGACUCACUUCCGCGUGAGACAACACUGGAGGUCGUAAAGCAUGUUUGCCGCGUGCUUCACCUCACGGACAUUACUCUCAUUGCACCGAGUCUUGAUAAGAUUUGCAGUGUGGUCACAGCAGUUCCGCGCAUGGAGAAAUUUAUCCGUGGCGUUUGCGGAUUCGUUUCCUUGCAUUUGAAUGACAAUGCGGACAUAUCUAGCGUGAGUUUCGAGCUGGAACAGGUUAUCCCUACAUUACAACAGUGGGCGAUGGAGCGCAGAAAGCUGUACGCUUUGGAAGAAUUCAAGACGUCAGUUCUCACUGAGUUGUGCAAGCGGACUGUCGAGUCAGGUAUUGUGAACGAUAGUGAGGACAGCAGCGGUGACGAGAGUUCGCUCGGCCACCCAACGACUUUGUCACGCGCUAUUCACAUGGUUUCAGAACUGGUGGAACUCGAGAAAAGUAUCAUGUAUCACCGUGAAAUGUAUACUCAAGCUGCUGCAGAAGUAGAGCGCCGCCCAAAUGUGUUAACCAACCAGAUUGUAAAACACUUCUCACAUGUUUUUCAAGUCAAGAAUAUUGAAGGCGUUCUUCCAAAGAUCAAUGAAAUCUAUUUGCAAGUAAACGAAAUCAAGAACUUCUUACACGCAACUCGCGACGUUCUUCACCUCAGAAAAAAUACCUCGUUAGUACACUGCUUGAAUGUCAUUAAGGAACGACUACAGGAAGGUGCAGUCGAUGCAACUCGCUUCCAUACAGAAAAUCCGAGCAGUGAUGACACAGAAGACUAUGCUGGCAAGAGCCAAAACUACGUCGUUGAAAAAAUUCGAUCCCCGGUGAGCGCACGCGAUAGACAUUUGGAAACAGACUUGGUAGGUGUUCAACAAGUUCGGCGGAUGAGUAUUUUGAUCAGGAAGCUUAAACGAGAACUAGGCGCAACCACAAUGGACGAUAUUUUGCCGCGGACGAAACGUUUGAUGGAGCUUUUGAGUAUGUCCAUUCAUCAUACUGACCCCGAAGACGACAACGAUUACGAAUGA